CUCUAAAUUAAAUCUAUUAAAAAUAAACAACGAGUUUUUAAAAUAAGGUAAAAAGAGUCUUGACUUUUCUAUCGGUAAUAUACUUAUUAUUAAUCGCCCAAAAAAAUCUUCUAUCGUCAUGAGACAAAAGUGUAUAAAUAAGAAGACGAAUAUAAUAUAAAAUAAAAUAAUAUUCGAACGAAACACCUUAUAUUAAAACCAAAACACGAUCACAUUGUGUGACAUCUAAUCCAUUUCUUCCAAUCCCAUAGGCCAUAGCCUCAAACACACACCUCCCACACCCAAACAAAAACACACACAAAAAAAAAAGUGCCUAUAAAAAAAAACCUCACCACUUUAAUAACUAUUGCUAGAAACUACACCAAAAAAAAACACAAUCUUUUCCUUUCAUUUUUUCUCAUCUAAAAAGAUCAAUAUCAUUAAUUUGUUCAUCACUCAUUCGCCGGCGAUAUUUUUCCGGCGAUUCAGAAAAUUUUCCGGUGAGAUGGACCGACGGGAGAAUAUUGGUACGAGUUGUAGUGGUAGUAAUAGUGAUAACAAUAGUAAUAGUAAUAAUAAUAAUAAUACGAGUAAUGUUAUUAUUAGUAAGAAGAAUAAGAAAAAUAAAAAAUGGAUGAGGUUGGAAAUGCAAUGGACCAACGAAAAACAUUCGGAUUUUUUGAGAUUAAUGGAAGCAAGUUUUGUACGGAAUUUGAUGGAGAAAAGCAGCAAUGAAGAUACUACCAAGAUUAAUUCAAGGCUUGACCGUUUUGUCCCUGAUAUUUCUGAGUCUACCCUUGAUUUACAUCAUAGAUCAGCACAUUCGAGUGAUCGAGUGAACAGGACUUGUAACAGGCAAAAAGAACGAGGAAUUAUUCGUCCUUAUAAAAUGACACAUGACCAGGUGGUCCCACGAGUAGAGGACAAAGCAGGUGAUAAGAACACUACAAACUGAUGUGAAUUACAGCCUACCGGAAUACUGCACCUUCAAUGAAAACUCCAAGCAUUAUUAUAAUUGACCAACUUUCUCAAGAAGAAGAAGAUGCGCAACUAAUUACUUAGCUUUUACUACUAUUUGGAUCUUUCUCUAGAUUUUUUUUGGGUGGUUGUGUUGUUUUUAUCUCCUCAUUUGACCCCAAUUUUUUUUUAAUCUUUGGUCUUUUCUAAGUUGUUUAUUCACUUUAAUAUUCAACAUUAGGAUUGGGUUGUUUUUAUCACUUUCAUGAUCCUUUACAAAGUUUUAGGUGUGUUUUCUUUUGACUAGUUGAGUACUAAUAUAAAGUGAUACGACCAAAGAGUUAGAGUAGAGCUACUUUCGAAUUCAUUCAAAUUGAGGGGAAAAUUAACCUAAUAGAGUAGAGCUACUUUAUGCCUCUAUGUGCACUUGAGUAUAUAAUGACGGAAUAUAAUAUGUAGUAGCUAGAUGGAUUUCUUGUA